CACAAAGUGUUUACUUUAGUUGCAGUUUAACACUGAUUUAUAGAUGGACUGAAUUUAAAUUAUAGGAUAUUACGAUAUGCUGUUUGUUUUUUGCCUCGAUUUUAUUUUGUAGCAAAGCGAACAGAGUUUUUUUUAAAUUAUAGCUAGUUUUGUUGAAAUAACUUUUUUUAAAAUGACUCUAGAUCUUGAGAAAAGUUCAUUACUGUCCGUUGGCUUAGGUAUAGCUGUGGUAUCUAGUUUUAUUAAUGGUUCAACGUUUGUGUUGCAGAGGAAGGGAAUAUUGCGUGCUCAAAAGCGAGGCACCUCAUACUUGACUGAAUACGUAUGGUGGGGUGGAACACUGUGCAUGGUCAUAGGUCAGAUAGGGAAUUUCUUGGCCUACAAUGCUGCUCCUGCUGUCUUGGUUACACCACUAGGAGCUCUGGGUGUGCCUUUUGGGGCCCUGUUGGCUUCCUAUGUGCUCCAAGAGCACCUCAACGUCCUGGGAAAGCUGGGCUGUUUGUUAAGCUGUGUCGGCUCAGUUGUCCUGAUUAUUCACACUCCGAAGUCCGAGAAUGUGACCUCCAGGGCCGAGCUUGAAGAAAAGCUGGGAGAUCCAGUCUUCUUAGGCUACCUCUUUGUGGUUCUGCUCCUGCUGAUAUUGUUGAUAUUUUGGAUGGCUCCAUCGCGCGGAGCCUCCAACAUCAUGGUGUACGUCAGCAUCUGCUCCCUUCUCGGCAGUUUCACUGUGCCCAGCAGCAAAGGCCUGGGGCUGGCGGCACAGGACGUGUUUCGCGGGGACUCCACCAGCCAGGGUGCGUUCUACCUCUUUGCGGGACUGCUGGGCACGCUGGCGGUCAGCAUCCUCAUUCAGUUCGCCUUCAUCAACAGAGCCCUGGAGCACUUUGACUCCAACUUGUUCGGAGCCAUCUACUACGUGACUUUCACCAGCAUGGUCACGCUGGCCUCCGCGGUCCUGUUCCGGGAAUGGAGCAGGGUAGGAGUGCUUGACUGUCUGGGCAUGCUGUGUGGCUUCACCACUGUGUCUGUGGGCAUCGUCCUGCUGCAGAUCUUCAGGGGUGUCACCCUCACUUGGAAGAAUGUAACACCACCAUCCAAGAACGACUAAAGCCACCUGAUUCUUCCUUGUAGUAUGCAUGGGUAGUUUCAUAAUUGCUUUGCUCUUUAUACUACGAAGAGCCACUGUUUAUAAUUCUUUAAAACUGUGAGUUGUAUUGAUUUUAAACAUAUAGGAUGAGCAUCAAAAAAAGCAUUAGUCUAUUUAAAUGACAGUUUUUUAGAAAAAUGAAGUAUUCAUAUUUUGAUUUGCAUACUUGAUUUUGCCAUAAUUGUGAUAAAGGUGUUAUUAAAAAAUAACCAUGAUACACUUGCAUGCUGUAUACUGAUACAUCACUAAGGGAAUAUGCCCAUGUCAGGUCUCCUCAAGAAAACUGUUGGUGCACCUGCUAUUGUCAUUUUCCUAAUAAAAUCGUCUGGUGCAAACAUG